AUGUCUGGAGAUGCAUCUCCUGCACCCUCCAGUGAUCGUGGGAACGAGUCAACAUCAUCAGAUGACGAUGCCGAAGAGGAGCCGAAUGUCGAGUCACUGGUCACUGGGAGAGCGAAACGCGCCACGGCAGGGAAUCGGCUAUCUUCACUUUUAGAAAAAGAGGGAGAUGAUGACCUCGAAUUGCUUUUCGCUGAGAAUGAAGGGGAGGAGGAUGUUGAAUUUGAGGACGAAGACGAGAACGCGUCCGAUGCCCAGCUUGAUUCCUCUACGGAUGAAGAAGACCAAGGUCCUACGAAGGUCGACGACGAUGAAGAUGGGGAGAGGGAGCUACAGAGGCAAGACAGAUUCGAGCGACAGAAGAAACGCAAGGCCCAAGAAGUGUUCAAAAAGCCCGGUUUUUUACGAAAGAAGGUCAAGAUUGACCCCUCGGCUACUCCUACUACACCUGCGCCAAGGCCGAGAAAGAAGUCUGAGAGGGUGUCUUGGGUGCACACUGAUGCUGAUGCUCCGACGCGGGUCUCUUCUCGAAAACAGACUGUCCAAAACAGAGCAUUGGUCCAUCAAAAACUGGUGGACAGCGAGCAAACCCGGCUCAAGAUAAUGCACUCAAUGGAUCUAGCGCAGAAGCGCAAGGAUGCUUCCAAGCCCAAGGCCUUGACCCAAGCCGACCGCAUGGAGGAAGCUGCUAAAACAGAGAGGAAGAAUGCAAAGAGCUUGAAUAGAUGGGAGGAGUCAGAGAAGAAGCGAUCGGAGGAACAGAGAGCUAAGCUGGAAGCACUGCACAACCGGCAGCUGGCUGGUCCUGUGGUUACAUGGUGGAGUGGCCUGGCUAGGUGGGUCAACGGCAAAAUUUUGCAGCUCGGUGUUGGACAGAUUAGAGAGGCCGGUCAUGCAGAGAGACCGGUCAUGCUUGACGAGGGGAAGUCCGCUCUGAACAGCAAAAUGAUCGCAGAGCGGGAUUCGGCUGGAACCAAAGACGAGGAUAUAGUUAUGUCUGAAAGCUCUCCGUUCGGGCUCGGAGCUGGAAAUACGCAACAUUCGCAUCUACCAGAUGCGCAGCAGGCGUCCUUUUCGCAGCAGAUCACAUUCACAGCGCCUCAAGCCCCUCACGGCUUUCUUGAUGGCAUACACGCUUACGCCGCCUUGCCAGUGCAGCAACAUCAAGCAGAAUUCACGGGAACCGCCGACGCUGAUUCGCUACCUCAGCAUUAUCCUGAGCCGUCUUUUCCAAAACAAUUAGAACAAGCUUCACUUGCGGCCCCACCCAACUCGUAUUCCACCCCAGAAGUCGAUAUCAACAGUCGAACAUUGGUGGCUAUCAAGAACUUUGACCCCAAUCCCAUGAAGAUGCCUGAACUACAAACCAGUGUGCUUCUAAAGAAACGCAACGUUAAACCAGCGAAGCCGGUCUCAGAAUCUUGCGCAAUAACGAUGCAGCCGGCUAAAUUUCGAGAUCCGAAGACGGGUUUGGCUUAUGCAAAUUCGUACGCGUAUAAAGAGAUUCAAAGGCUUCGGACUGGAGCAUCUCGGUGGAGUAACCUGCUUGAUUGCUACGUGGGUCCUGUACAAAGCGUUGCCCGAGGUGUUCCUGAAAGGUUCUGGAAGGAGACGUGA